AAAAUAAUCACUGUGGAGAACCUUAUAAAGCGAGCGAAGCACACACACACACACACACACACACAUACGAGCUCGCACAUAGGGCUGUUGUUCAGGCUGGGGUCCUGAGAGCGGGGUUCAGAGCAGCCAGUGUCCCGUCUGGCAGGAAGCACUCUGCAUUCUCAGCGACGUGCCUUGAGUGGACAAAUCAUGCUGAUUGUGUGGGAGAGAAACCCAGUGCUGCUCGCAAGAUGAAGGCAGAGAGGGAGGCAUCAUGCAAAGAGACAGCCAUUCCUUCACCGUUUCUUCUCCUGUGGCUUUUUAUCUUUUCUUUGGCAGGUGUAUGUGGGGUGAACAUCAGCUGUCCGUCUCCUCUAGUGCGAGGUACACUAGGAGGCUCAGCUCUUCUCUCUGUGACCUACACCAGCACCAGCUCUGACCAGCCCGUUAUUAAGUGGCAGCUGAAGAGGGACAAACCUGUCACUGUGGUCCAGUCCAUUGGUACGGACAUCAUCGGGAACCUGAGGCCUGAGUACCGCGGACGAAUCCUCCUGUACGAGAACGGCUCGCUGCUCCUGCAUCACCUGCAGCUGUCAGACGAGGGCGCCUAUGAGGUGGAGAUCUCCAUCACUGAUGAUACCUUCACUGGGGAGCGAUACAUCAGCCUUACUGUGGAUGUUCCAGUGUCCAGGCCUUUUGUUCACAUGGUGGCCUCGUCCGUCCUAGAGCUGACUGAGUUCUUCAUAUUGAACUGCACUCACGAUAGUGGCACCAAACCCACCUAUAGCUGGCAGAAGGGCGGGAAAUCUUUGACCAAUGACUCACGUCUGCUCCUGUCACAUGACCAGAAGAUCCUGACCAUCUCCCGUGUUGUGAUAUCAGAUGAUGACGUCUACAGCUGUAGGGUGGAGAACCCCAUCAGCAGUAUGAAGAGCCUGCCUGUCAAACUCACUGUCUACAGACGGAGUUCUCUCUAUAUCAUCCUCUCCACGGGAGGCAUUUUCUUACUCAUCACCUUGGUGACUGUGUGCGCCUGUUGGAAACCCUCCAAAAAAAAAAGGCAAGAGCUUGCCAGACAGAGCAGACAAAAUGUAGCAGAGCAGAGCAACGGCAAUCAUGAGGUUGAUAUUGUGCCUGCUAGAAAUUACCAGAACCGUCGGCACCCAGGUGGACUAUAUGUCCUCAAAGAAACAGAUUUCCCUGAUGGAACAGACGAGUCUUCCUGUAAUUAUAUCAAUCCCAUUGAUCCCCUCAGCCCACCUUGUUAUCCCAGCAUGGCUCCACCUUCUGCACACUCUCCAGAUGCUUAUAUGCAUUCAGGAAGAAGAUACCCCCGUACCCCCGUCCCCUCUCCUCCAUCAACCCCUCAUCCGACUCUCACUCCACCACACAUGGGCAGCUUAACACGCAAACCCCACCCUCAGAGACUAAGCCCCCCACCUCCACAUGCAGAAGAACUUCCGAUUGAACCAGAAAACAAUAUGCACCACCACAGCCUCCCGCGAUGAGCAACACGAUAGAGAGUUUUGAAUGUAAAAUGUCAAGCAUAAUGUCAGAUUGUGAGACUAUGAGGACAUGGUAAUUUUAUUUAGUCAUUUUUUAUUAGUUAUCUUAUGUAAAUUUUAGUAUUUUAUGCUUUUCAAAAGUGGAUGAAUGGUGUACAGGACCAAAACUUGUAGUUGUAAAGUAAAAAACUAAUUUACCAGAGAAGUACACGGAUGUACUGGUUGGUUUAAUUGUUUUUGUAUACUAAUAGAAACAUUUGAGUUUUAUCAGAUUCAGCUGUGGUUUAUACCUUAAACUAAACCAAUAUAAUAUUUUAAAAAGAAAGAAAUACUGUUAUUCUGUUUAAUUUCAUCUAUAUUGAGCAUUAUUGGGAUCUCUUAGGAUUUACUGUAAAUAUUACUUUAUGUCAGUAUUAAAAUGAUUUUAUUCUUUU